AUGUUUGAGAAGAAUCUUCAAGACCUGGUCAAGGGCAUUCGCUCGACUAAAGGUGAUGUGACCAUAUAUAUUUCGCAAGCUAUGCAAGAAAUUAAGGCGGAGCUGCGCAACACUGACCCGUUCAUCAAGGCACAGGCUGUCCGCAAGCUUACGUACUUACACAUGUUAGGCUACGAUAUGUGCUGGGCCGCUUUUCAUGUUGUCGAAGUCAUGAGCUACGAGCGGUUUGCGCACAAACGCAUUGGUUACAAUGCCGCUUGUCAAAGCUUUACACAGUCUACGGACGUGGUGCUAUUGUGUACGAAUUUGCUUAAGAAGGAGUUUGGCAGUACGAGCGAGUAUGAGGUGGGUCUAGCGAUUAACGUACUGGCCAACAUCGUCACAACGGACUUGGCGCGAGACCUUUUGGGUGAUGUAUUGGCCAUGAUGGGAUCACCAAAGCCGUAUGUUCGCAAAAAAGCCACGCUCGUGUUGUACAAAAUGUUCUUGCGGUACCCACAAGGACUGCGACUAUCGUUUGACCGACUCAAAGAAAGGAUGGAGGAGCCUGACGUUACGGUCGUAUCGUGUGCUGUUAACGUAAUAUGCGAGCUUGCGAAUAAAAAGCCCAAGAACUAUUUAGGAUUGGCACCGCAAUUCUUUCGACUUCUCACCACAUCAUCCAACAAUUGGAUGCUUAUUAAGGUCGUCAAGCUACUAGCCAGUUUAGUGCCGGAAGAGCCUCGUCUUGCUCGAAAACUACUGGAUCCACUCGCAACAGUCAUCCAAAACACGCCCGCCAAGUCAUUACUAUACGAGUGCAUUAAUACAGUCACGACUGCAUUAUUGUAUACGAAAAAAAAUGAUGGAUCUCAGCCUCGCAACGUUGCAGCAGUUGUUCGACUCUGUAAUGAUCAUUUGCGUCGUUACAUUGAAGAUUUAGACCAGAACUUGCGCUACUUGGGCCUUGUUGGUCUCAGCAAUUUAAUGAAGUCACAUCCAUAUGUCGUUAUCGAACAUCAAGAGCUAAUCGUUGGGUGUUUAGCGGUAGAUGACAUGACGAUUCGUAUGCGAGCACUAGAGCUUCUUUCUGGUAUGGUCAAUCCGGACAAUGCAGCUCCAAUCAUUCGGGAACUUAUGCGCCAAACCCUCAGUACCGAUGGAGCGUAUCGGCAUGCGUUGAUAACGAAUAUCUUACACGUUUGUUCCGUAAACAAGUAUGCAAAUAUUCACGAUUUUGACUGGUAUAUUCACGUCUUAGUACAAUUGGCCCGUGUACCAGGGAAUAGCGCCGCUGCCGUCGAUGGGUCUCUAUUAUCUUCUCUUCCACCAUCAGGGAGUAUUCUUGGCUCAAGUUCUAGUAAUUUGAUGACGAAUGGAACUGAAAAUGCGCUUGAAAAGCGGUCCCAUGGUGUGGAGGUGGCACGUCAGCUUAUCGACAUUGCAGUUCGUGUAAAAAUGGCCCUGGAUCUAGUACGAUACAAGAAGUUUACUAUGCAGCAGCUUGGAUCACAGGUGAAUAUGUCACGGAAUUCUUAG